UUAGCAAUAAUAAUGGGUAUUCAAUGAAUACCAUUGAAGACCAAGUGGGCCCGUCCCUACAAGUGUGUCAUACAAAAAAAUUCUGUCGUUUUACAAGUCAUAGUGGCAUUACAGAGUCAAGAAGACUAACCCUAAACCAUUCGAUCCGAUGCGGAAACUUGCGCGUAAACAAUCUUUUCCGCUCCUUUUUCAAAUUGACUCCGUCCUGGCGAUAUAAAGCGUUGCUACUACUAUGGCUGAAGGCGCCUGCCUCCACCGUCCGGACUCCGACGCGCACUACCUGAUUUGGAGGAUUUGCCUUGUACUAGACUAUGACACAUGGCAAAGAGGUGUCUUCACCAUGUGCAGGCCUAUGGCACACGACAAAGACAUACUUCGUCGUGUGCUGCACGUUCGCCGUGUGUUUUUUUUGCGGCGCACGGCACAGAUGAAUUUUGCCGUGUGCCCGUUGUUUCGCACACGGUGAAAAUAGAGACACACGGCGAAUUGUCAGUUUCCGGUAGUGGCGCUUUGUGCUGUGACGAUUUGAAGCGUUAACUAACAACCGGAGCGAUGACCUCUUAACAUAGAACGUAUACUGUAUUAUACAAGUUGAUACAGUGGAAUUAAUUAAUUAGGUUCUGGAUAACCAUCUUCAGAAAAAGUGAAACACAGCCAUACAUCGCCCAAGCGGGUAACCAGCAUAUUACGAUUUUCUCAGAUGGAUGGGAACCAGUUAUGUGAUUCUUUCUUCUUCUUUUUCUUUUUCUCUUUUUCGAAACAGUUGUUCGGAUUUUGGAGAAUCAAUUAACAAAUGUUCUUCUGGAGAAAGACAUUAAAAAUGUACCCCGAGUCCAGUGCUAGGCUGUACUAGUAUGUUUUUGAUAGGUAUGGUCCAUGUGGAAGUCAACUGAAAUCGUACCCAAUUGGAGGAACGCAUCUUCGCCUGGACCAACCAAAGCCCAGCAGUGACGUCCUCCAACUUGCAAGCAGCCGGUGAUCACUGAUCGACCGGCUUGGCACGCACGACCCAGCGAGACGCAGAGUCUAAGUCUCCGAGCGUCUCCGUCUCAAUCCGUGCUCUCUCGCGUGUCCCCACCACAAACCAGCCUUCUCCGAAAGACCCCAUCCAAGUCAAGUCUACGGGCGGGCGCUAUAAACGGCGGCGGCCGCAGGUCCUCGCAAGAAACCGAACGCGGGCCCGACUGGAGCUAACGAGGGCACAAGGCAGCCAGAUGAGCCCGCCUCGCCUUCUCGCCGCCAUGGCUGCUCACCUACCACGCUCCCUCGCCCUCCUCUUCGUCUUCCUCGCCGUCCAUAUUGCCGCCGCUCAUGGCGACCCUGCCCUGCUCCCGACCACCUACGACGCUUCCAUGUGCCCGGAAUCGUCUAUGUGCGGCAACGUAUCAAUCAAAUAUCCCUUCUACCUCUCCAGCACAAUCAGAGACAUCCCCGGUUACAGUUACAAUACCACACUCUACUCCUGCGGCUACACCGAUCUGAUGAUAUCCUGCCAGUACGAGGGGCCGAAGGAGACGCCGGUUAUCUUUCUCGGCGGUCACCAGUACACCGUCCUGAACAUCUCCUACGACAGGAACACCAUCAUCCUGGCGGACAGCGACGUGCUCGUCGGCGGCAGCUGCCCCGCUGUCCACCACGACCUCAGCUUCGACAAGCUCUGGCUGCACAACAGCACCAGCUCCAACGACAACCUCACCUUCUACUUCGGUUGCUACUCAACCGGCGUUCCUGGUGUGGCGGUGCCGCCUGACCUGGUCACAUACAAGAUUAACUGCAGCCUCAUGGGUCCGUUUGGCGAGGGAGCUUCCUUCGUCUUUACACCUGACGAUCAUGUUAAAGCCCAAGAGCACGAGCUGGAUCAGGAUGGGCACUGCAGCGAGGUCGUCUCCGUGCCAGUGAGGAGCGAGUUUCUGAUGGCAAGUAACCGGUCCAUGCUGGUGAUGGGCGGAUACGCUGAGGUGCUUUGGUACGGGUUCGAGUUGGAAUGGUACCCGACACCAACACCAACGGAUCAGUGUCAUUUGUGCGAGCAGUCCAAAGGAAAGUGCGCCUACGGCCACAACCAGAAGAGGGAAUUCCUGGGCUGCUUGUGCUCCAACAGCAAGGUGGGCCACCCUGACUGCAGAUCAAGAAGAUCAAAAAAAGUGCAAAAAGGAGUGAUUAUCGGCGUCUCGGCUGCUGCUGGUCUUGGCGUGCUUGCUGCUGCCGCGAUUUUGUUCAUCAUGCGCAAGAGGAAGAAGAACGAACCAAGGAUUGAGUCCUUUUUACAAAAGAAUGGGAAACUACAUCCGAAAAGACACACUUACGCAGAUGUGAAAAGAAUGACAAAGUCUUUUGCUGUGAAGUUAGGCCAAGGUGGAUUUGGUGCUGUAUACAAAGGUAACCUUUCUAAUGGCAGCCAGGUAGCAGUUAAGAUGCUAAAGGACACCAAGGGUGAUGGGGAGGAAUUUAUCAAUGAGGUGGUUAGCAUUAGCAGAACUUCUCAUGUCAAUAUUGUUACACUUUUAGGAUUUUGUUUGGAAGGGUCCAAAAGGGCUCUCAUUUAUGAGUACAUGCCUAACGGUUCACUUGAAAGGUAUGCCUUCAGCACCAGUAUGAGCAGUGAAAAUUCACUAAGCUGGGAGAAAUUAUUUGACAUAGCAAUUGGCAUUGCUAGAGGACUUGAGUAUCUCCACCGAGGAUGCAAUACUCGCAUCGUGCAUUUUGAUAUCAAACCCCACAAUAUUCUAUUAGAUCAGUAUUUCUGCCCUAAGAUAUCUGAUUUUGGAUUGGCCAAGCUAUGCCUGAAUAAAGAGAGCGCUAUCUCUAUUGGUGGUGCAAGAGGAACAAUAGGAUACAUUGCCCCUGAGGUGUUCUCAAAGCAAUUUGGAACAGUCAGUACCAAAUCUGAUGUUUACAGUUAUGGAAUGAUGGUGCUUGAGAUGGUUGGGGCAAGGGACAAGAAAGUCAAUGCAGAUAGUGAAUCUAGUAGCCAAUAUUUCCCUCAGUGGAUUUAUGAACAUUUGGAUGACUAUUGUAUCAGUGCUUCUGAGAUUAAUGGUGAGAUCACAGAGCUAGUGAGAAAGAUGAUAGUAGUAGGUCUGUGGUGUAUACAAGUGAUUCCAACUGGCAGGCCAACAAUGACUAGAGUCGUCGAGAUGCUAGAAGGCAGCACAAGUAAUCUGGAGUUGCCACCAAAGGUGCUCUUGAGUUGAUAAGGGUCAAUAUGUCCCUAAUAAAGUGUAGCUUACUGGUACAGUGGUACCAGGUUGCACAAGUGCAAAUAUUUGCUGUACAUUGAAAAACUAAGGGCAUGAUAAGCUUCUUCUACCUAAAACAAAACACCUCCAGGCUUUUCAAAGCACAUACUCAGUAUAACACUCCAGAUAGUGCAGAGGUCAAAUCAAUCAUUUUUAGAAUUCUUCACUUCCACGAUCUUUUCCAAGUGUGAAUUCUUUUCCACCAAACAAUUGAAUUCUUCUGUUAUACUGGUAAUAAAUAUAAUCACUUAUUUUUUA